AUGUCACCUACAACUACAAAUAACUCUAAAUGCUGCAAUUAUAUUCAAGAACAGAAUAUAAUCAACUCAGAGAUUAAAAGCGAAGCCUUAUUUAAUAAACUAAAAAAAUUCUCUAUGAAUUUUGAUAAUGAAGAUGAGAACAAAUCACCAUGUUUAAGUAAUUCUGUCUCUACUAAUGUCCCACCUUUUAAAAAUAACAACUAUUUUGCUCCACACAGAAGAAGCUCUUUGCAUUCAAAUUUUACAUUUACAGAUGACAGUAAUUCUCUUAAAAGUAGUAACAGUGACAUUAUUGAUGAUAAUAAUAAUUAUAAUAACAGUCCUAUUAUCAAUAAUAAUAGCAAUGAAAGGUUAAAGCUAUAUAUCAUGACUCAUAGUAGAUCAUCAAGUGUUGACUUACGUAGAAAAUCUGUUUUGGGAAGCUAUUCAAAUAGGAGAAAUAGUAGUAUCAAUAAUACUAACCCUAGCAGUAAUACUAGUAGCAAUUUCGCUGAAUACAAUUAUUAUAAUAUAGCAGCCACCACGCCUGGUUAUCCCCUAAGUCCACAAAAUAAUUAUAUUCAUACUUAUAAUAGUGUCAAUAAUGAGAAUUCCAGAAAAACCCCGUCGCACAGACGGGUCAGCGCUACCUGGUUAAAUUUAGAUAAUAUUGCUCAUGAAUCUGCUAGUUGUAAUCGUACUAUGAAUUCUACUUCUUUGUAUCCCUGCCAUUACCAAUAUAAUUUAAACUUACCCACUAGUCCUAAAAGAAGUGUUUCCACAUCGGAUUUAAAUACUACUAAUACCCAAACUGGCUAUAUACACAUCCCAGAUACCGAGUUAGGUAACGAAAAACGUACUGAGGCUUCUUUAUUUGCCAACAAGUCAGAACAAGUAAAUAUGAUCAACGCUAAUACCAAAAAACAAAUUAGGAGAAACUCAAGUGGAAAUUAUAACUCUUUUUAUGAAUUUGCCAAGCUGCAUAAUAUAGAUUUAGAUAAUUGUCAAAAUUAUGUUUGUUCUGUUAAUACUCCCUUAAGUAGCAAUAAUACAUCACCAAGAAAUAAUUCCAAAGUGUUAUUUGAUAGAAAGGGAAAUAACUCAAUCAAUGUUGUCAGCAACAACAAUACAAAUAAUGCUAAUGAAGACACAAAUUAUUCUGUUAUUGAUUUAACCAGGAUAACCAUGGCUGAUGCAUAUAAUAAUUAUAAUACUGAUACUAUUAGCGCUGUAAAUAAAAAUCUAUUUUUUGAAUUAGAGGAUAAUAAUCAUUUUUAUGAUAACAAAAACAAAACUUCACCGGACAACUUAGGCACUGCUACUGAUACUAACAAUGGUAUUACCAAGAAUUUUGGUGACAACUAUAAUAAUAGUGAUAUUAAUGGCGCCAAUGAUACCACUAGUAAUAUAAAAAGCAAAACCAGAAACAAAAACAAAAACAAAAACAAAAACAAAAACAAAAACAAAAAACACCAUAACCAUUUGAUUAGUUAUUUUGAUAAGAAACUUAGUUCUUCAACUUUAACCCCAAAGAAAAAAACAAAGUAA